CAGGUGAGCCCUCUGCUGAGGGAAGGAACACUGUGCUCCCAGGCCAGGGAACAUGUCCCGUCGGAAACAGACCACUCCUAACAAAGUUCACUUACAAGUGUUUGUAUCUCCAGUUUUGGUCUCAGGGGAAGCUAUCAGACAAACAUGCUACCAGUGGGCAUGAGGUUGAGGUUAUGGCAUCUGGUGUGCCACAGAGAGGAGUUCUGGGACCUGUUCACCUCCUUUACGUGCAGUACAUUGCUACAGAGCAACUGUCCAACAGGAGCCAUCAGGAGCAGCAAGUAGGACCACAAGAAAAGGAAGGGACCGAAAGAUACAAGGAACAUGUCAAUGGUGAUGUCUCCACCUUGGGAUGGAAAAUCUUGUCUGUCUUAUGAUGAACACCACCAAACCAUUGGGACUUCUCUGCCUUCCUAGCCUGCUGUGUAUCUGGAGGGCCCAGAAAUGCCAUGCAGUGCACUGACGAGGAUAAUCGGAGAGAGCAUCAGCUCCAAGAACUGGGUGAGCCAGCAGAAUGAGGAGUCAGGCUGAGACAUAGCAGACAUGUUACUGAGACUUCUUCACAGGGACUGAAGUGGUUGGGAGGAGAGGAAUGAAAGGGCCAGCAGGGGAGCAAGUCUUUGCAGGGCUGGAGGAGCAAGCCCGCCAAGCCAUGAUGAAAAACAACUUUCCUGAAGCUCUUGGGGACCAAAGGCCACCUGUUCAUCCGCUGCAAGACCCCGACUCCAGCAGCAGUGGCAGUGAUGAUGAGGAAACCACCCAGGAUGAAGUUUCGUCCCAUACGUCUGAGGAGGAUGGCUCAAUGGUAAAAGUGAAGAAAGAAUUAGAGAAUGCAGAGCAACCUGUGGCUGGAACCCCACUGAUGAGAGAAAAUGAGGUGCAUGAGAGCCUGAACGCUGACCCCAUGCUGGGACUGUCCCAGUGCCCCCUCUGCCAGCUGGAGUGUGGAGGCAGGGAGCAGCUCAUUGCUCACGUGUACCAGCACACUGCGGCUGUGGUGAGUGCCAAGAGCUACAUGUGUCCUGUCUGCGGCAGAGCCCUCAGCUCACCAGGAUCCCUGGGGCGACAUCUCCUGAUCCACUCAGAGGACCAGCUGUCAAACUGCGCAGUGUGUGGAGCACGCUUCACCAGCCACGCCACAUUCCACAGUGAGAAGCUGCCCGAGGUGCUCAGUGCAGAUCGCCUGCCGGCACCGCAGAGCGAGGGCCCCUCCGGUGUCGAGGGGAAAGACAUUGCCUUUCACACCCCUGUGUAUCCUGCAGGCAUCCUCCUAGUGUGCAACAACUGUGCUGCUUAUCGUAAGCUGCUGGAGGCGCAGACGCCCGGCAUGCGGAAGUGGGCGCUUCGUCGGCAGAACGAGCCCUUGGAGGUGCGGCUGCAGCGGCUGGAGCGGGAGCGCACGGCCAAGAAGAGCCGGCGGGACAACGAGACGCCCGAGGAGCGGGAAGUGCGGCGCAUGCGGGACCGAGAGGCGAAGCGCCUGCAGCGCAUGCAGGAGACAGAUGAGCAGCGGGCACGGCGGCUGCAGAGAGACCGGGAAGCCAUGCGACUGAAACGUGCCAACGAGACCCCGGAGAAGCGACAGGCCCGGCUUAUCCGGGAGCGUGAGGCCAAGAGGCUCAAGCGGCGCCUGGAGAAAAUGGACAUGAUGCUCCGGGCGCAGUUUGGGCAGGACCCCUCUGCCAUGGCCGCUUUGGCAGCGGAAAUGAACUUCUUCCAGCUGCCAGUGAGCAAUGUGGAGCUGGAGAGCCAGCUGCUGGGCAAAAUGACCUUUGAGGAGCAGAGCAACAGCGCGCUGCAUUAGCUGCAGCCAAGGACUGUGCCACCUCUGCGGCACCUGCCACAGGCGCCUGGCAGGCUUCUACACUCGGGAGGCUGCUGGAGGUCCCUGGUGACUCUCCCUGGCAGAUGGUUCUGGUCUUCUGAACAAACGAGCUGGGAGGUGUCUGCCAAAGUAGCCCUGGUGGGAGCAGAUUCUGAGGAUACAGUCUGCUCUGGGGGCCAAGUCGCAGCCUGUGAACAGAGGGAAAAUAAAUUAAUGGUCACAUUUAU